AUGACCCAAACAUUGACAGCCCAGGCCCUGAUCGACCGUCAUGCAUCAAGUUUCAGCCAGCACAAGCCGAUUCCCUCCUUUGCUGAAAUUCAAGAGCAGGGCCAGGAGCUGCCUCACAUCCUCAUCAUCACCUGCGCCGAUCCACGAUGCAUUCCGGAGAACAUCUUCAACUUACACACUGGAGAGGCAGUAGUUUGCCGCGUUGCUGGCGGAAAUGCCGAAUUCGCCGUCACCUCUCUCCUUUCGAUCGACACACUCCUGAAUUUCACCGACGUCAUCAUUGUCCAGCACACCAACUGCGGAGCAACAAUGUACAGAGAUGACGCGGUCAAAGAGGAACUCAGGAAGCGGGCCCCGAAUCUGUGGGCAGAAAUUAACAGCAUGGCAUUUCACGCGUUCUCGGGUUCAAUCGAGAACAAUGUGAAGAAGAGCAUGAAAUUCUUGAAAGAAUCCCCUCUGGUUCGAGAGUCUUUGAAACCAAGCAUCCGGGGAUUUGUCUUCGAUCUUCACAGUGGAGAGCUGAAGGAAGUCAAAUUGUAG